AUGAAAGAUAACGAAUUCGUUGGAGGGAAAUUAAAAUUGAAAAAGGAUAUUUUUAAAAAGGAUGAAAAAAAAGGAAAGAAACAAAAAAAAGACAAAAAUAACAAAAGGGGAAGUGAAUUAAAUGAAAAAAAAAAAAGAAACUCAGAGAAAGAAUAUAUAAAUGAGAAUAAUGAUCCAAAUAAAAAUAUUAAAGUAUUAAUAGAUGGUGAAGACAAAUUAAAUGACAUAUUAAAUAUGAAUAUGACAGAAUCAGAAAAAGCAUAUCAUUUAGUUUUAAAAAAAAGAGAAAAACAAAGAAUUGAAAAUAUUCUAAAAGAAAGUUAUCGUGAUCGUUUACAAAAAUUUAAUGAUAAUUUGGCUUCCUUAAGUGAACAUUUUGAUAUACCAAAAGUAGGACCAGGAUAA